AUGGCGCAGAAAGCCAAGCGCGUGGCAGGUCAGGUGUCGGUCGGCAAGCGCAUCGUGUUCACAGCCAGCGUGAUAAUCGCCAUUGUCGCCGUGGCAGCUUGGAUCACGUUGCUGCAUCACAUCUCGGCCAAAGCCAAUUCAGGAAUCCGGUCGUCGGGUCUCACGUCUCCUGAUUCGACAGUUUUCUCAGUAGAAACAUCUGUGGCGAGAAUAGCAGCCAGAUUCGCGCCGCCAGAAGAGCCUCUAAAAGUGAGAGGGCACGUCUUCGAGUGGCCACAGACCGAGGCCCUCAGUGCCCUCAGUGCUCUUAUGCGUACUGGGGCCACCGGACUGACCUUGGGCCUCCUCAGCGUUCGUGUGACAUGGACCUGGGAGACGGAGGUGCUCGGAAGGGAAGGCAGCCUUGCACCAAAGAAGCGGGUGCCGUUUCCAGAGGCUUCUUCGCUUUACUCAGCUCUGCCGGCUGAUGACAGCUUCUUCCUCUUGCAGGCCAGUGGAAGCAGGGCAGGUGAGUGGCACCAAGAGGGCCAGCGGCCCUGGAAAAUUUGCUUUGCCACGGGCGAUAUGUUGCUGGACAAGGAAAUGCCUCGAAAUCAGCCCGGAAGCGCUCAACUUCGCCAGGCCAAGGCCGUUCCCUUUCGGCAGCACAGUGAACGGCGGUCCUUCCACAUGGUGAUGCCAGGACAACCGUGGCCGCUGUCGUUGCUGAGUAUCUCUUUGUGCAGAGUCGUCGAAGAAGUCACAGGAUUGAAGUUGGCAAGUUGUUUUGAUGCGAAGUCAAGCCUCUGUAGAGUGCAGGAGUUUUGCUUGCAGGUCAUCAAGAUAGCUGCCAUUAUUGCCCUGGGCCUAGUUUCAUGCAGUCGAAUUCCUGCAGGAGACCUGUGCAAGCGGGAGUUGGAUCUUUCUUUGACUGAGGGAUACCUGGAGCUGUCGAGGCAGGGUGUUCUUUGCCGUGGCAACCACGCCUGCUUGUGGUUGGAACAGCGUGGCGAGGCGUCGCACUUGGCAGACGACCAAGAGACGCUCAAGCCUCGUCCAGAGGAAGUCUGCAAAGGAAAUGCAGAUGUGGAAGCAGUUUUCCCCUGGCACUUUUCCCUGUUCACGUAUGUGAGAAAGCAGGGAUGGUCGGUCGCGCGGCUUGAAAACGGAUCAUCCCAGAAUCUUAUGCUGCACUUCUCUUGUGCUGCAGAAAGCUGGAGACGGGCUUUUGUCACCUUUGCUGUGGAUUUCGGUUUGCUUGCAUUGGUCCACAAGAUGAGGGGUGCUGAGCCCCGUUUCUCCUUCGUCACCGUACCGUUGGGAGCUCAAGACAAGAAAGUCCGGUCGGAUGGUCGGAUGGAACGCUGCAUGUUCUUGGCGGCUGUCUUCUUUAGUUUCAUCGCGCAGGCUGAGAGACAGGUAGCACGUGACAGCGUGGACGGCCUGGACGAGGAGUGCGACAUCCUGCUAUUGCAGACAGUCUUUGCCGUAGCAAACGCUUCGAAGCAAACGCUGUCCUCCGAACUUGGACCGGACGCUUUGCCCAAGGAGCGUGAUUCGAGAUCGUUCAGUCUUCUUUCUGUAUUGUCGCUCGAGGUAGAAAAAAAUGCGAGUUCGUCUUCGAACCUCACGGUGAUGCUGUUGGUGGCGCUGGCCAUGGUCUUCAUCAUUCCUUUGAUUGUUUAUCUGCUUUCAGACUCAAGCUCCUACUUAGAAGGGCCAGGAGGUAAACUCCUGGAGCGGGGGAGUUUGGGACCGAGACGCGAGGCUCCAAGGAUAUCCUCCGUGCGAGGCUCGGAGCCGCGUUUAUCGAUACAAGCCUCACAGGCACUUGCAAUGCCUCCUACAGCUUUGGCACGUCCUCGUCCAGAUGAAGAUCCUCCAAAGCUUUGUGAGAAUCUUAUUUUGCCGAAGCACCUCGCCAUCUUCCUUGUCGAUGCAGAGAGAUUGAAGAAUCCUGGCUUUGGGCCCUUUCCCAUCUGGGGCGGCUCAGGCAAGCAGCUUCUCCAGGCCGACUUGCAGGACCGCGGACCUGAGGGAGUGCAACUUUGGAUUUGGCCAGUGAACCUGGACUCUCCGGCGGCAGUUGUUCUUCAAAGGAGGUCUUCCAUGCAGUCUGGCCUGGAGAUCUACAAUCGCGACAACCAGUUGUACGGGUUGCUGGAGAACGCCGGCGGCCGGAUGAUGCUGAUGUGCAACGGCUUUCCAGUCAUGGCCGUGGAUGGGAACGCUGAUGCGCUCACCUACACUGCUUGCCGAGUAAAUGGCAGCAUGUUGGCGUCUGCAAGCGUUGUUUCAGAAAAUUUGCGUGUUGACGAUGUGCGCGAGGGUUGGAAGCUGCAGGUGAAGCCAGGUGUGGAUGCUAUUGUCAUCAUGUGUGCCUUCCUGUCAUCCAUUCUGCUCAACCGACGUUCAGGGACAUUCACACCAUCUCUGCCUUCGGCCAGCCCACGAGUGUCCAUACUUUCCCAAGCGAGUCAUCCUCGGGCCUGA